AUGCCCUGUUCCGGUCCAAGAUGUAAACGUAUGACAAAUAAGGUGGCUAAACUUUAUGACUAUGAUUACGGUGGCUAUGAAGGCGGCUACAAUGAUCAAGGCUCCGGUCCAAGAUGUAAACGUAUGACAAAUAAAGUGGCUAAGUUAUAUGACUAUGAUUACGGUGGCUAUGAAGGCGGCUACAAUGAUCAAGGUUCCGGUCCAAGAUGUAAACGUAUGACAAAUAUACUGGCUAAGCUAUUUGACUAUGAUUACGGUGAAUAUGACAGCGACUACUAUGAUCAAGGGUAA